AUGGUGUCGAUUGCACAAAGUCCAAAAAUUCAAGGUCAUGAGAAGACUUCGUUACAGCUAUGUCCUAAUUAUCUGACGUAUAAGUCAACAGCUAAUGUAUGUUCUAAUACUGAGGACCGCUUCGCACAUUCUUCCGCAACCCCGACACUAUGCAGUGACGAGCCCUCCGGUAAUGUCACGUUGUCUGCCCAACUUCCUACCUAUUUACCCAACAGAACACAGGUACUCUUAGCCACUUCCCUUAUAAAAAUUGUCGACAACCGCGGCGGUGAGCGCAUCGCCCGCGCAGUCCUCGAUAGCGGCAGCACUUCAUGCCUUAUUAGUGAACGAUUGAAACAAUCGUUAAAUUUACCUACAGUUAAGAUUUUCUGUUUUGUUUUGCCGAAUAUUACUGACGAUGUGCCCAGUCAGCAAAUAGUUUUAAAAGACUUAAAUUUACCUAGCAACCUUUCUUUAGCGGAUCCCAACUUCCACACUCCAUCUUCGGUGGAUUUAAUUAUUGGUGCGGAUGUGUUUUGGGAUCUAUUAGGGCUACGUUUCUCAGCUCCCUGCAUUAUUUCCAUUAAAAUAUUAAAGCAAAGAUUAUGGCUUCUUAAGCUUUCGAGGGACGACCCACUGCCUAUUGAAAUUAUUAAAUCAUGGCAAAUAAUAGCAGACAUCUUGCCCCUACUAAGUUCUUUACGAGUUCCUCGUCUUAUACUUUGCAAUCGUUACGACUCAAUUGACUUGCAUAAUUUUUGUGACGCAUCGCAAGCAGCCUACGGUGCAUGUUUUUACGUUCGCAGCACGAGUUAUAAUGCUGUUUUGGUGCGGUUGCUUUCAGCUAAAAGUCGCGUGGCGCCUAUAAAGCCCACCACGAUCCCGAGACUCGAGCUGUGCGCUGCGCUCGUUGGAGGUCGCCUGUACAAAAAGGUGUUGAGUUCUCUGCGAGUGCAAGUAAGAUCAGUAACCUUUUGGACAGACUCCACUAUCGUCUUAGGCUGGUUAAAAAUGUUGCCAAGUAAACUGCAACCAUUUGUGCGCAACCGUGUAGCCGAGAUAGUAGAUAAGACCAGUUCGCACGCUUGGCGUCAUGUCCCUACUGACUUAAACCCAGCAGAUUACGUCUCGCGCAGCGUCACCAUUGAUAAAAUUAACAAUCUCGAUAUGUGGUGGUCAGGCCCUCAAUUUAAAGGAAAGGUAGUGAAUCCUAUAAUGGGUAACUUGCCGCAGCGACGUGUGACAGCGAGUGGUUAUCCCUUCGAGACCGUCGGAGUCGACUACGCCGGACCCAUCAUGUCAGCCAGUCGUCAAGGUCGCGGCUGCAAACUUGUCAAAGUUUAUAUUAUUGUUUUCGUGUGUUUCGCAACUAAAGCCAUGCACAUUGAGUUAGUAGGUGAUUUGACUAGUAAUAAUUUUAUGUCGGCUCUUCGUCGUUUUAUGUCACGUCGCGGCAAACCUAAACACAUUUAUUUCGACAACGGGACCUCAUUCGUAGGUGCGUAUAAUGAAAUCGGUCGUUUUAUUAAAAGCAGUCUCAAUUCGCUACCUGGUGACCUCGCUCCUGACUGCAUUAAUUUUCACUUUUUACCUCCUCACGCCCCUCAUUUCGGUGGUCUAUGGGAAGCAGGCGUUAAAUCUGUAAAGUUCCAUCUUAAAAGAAUUCUUGGCAAUUGUAACCUCACAUACGAGGAAUUAAACACUGUGCUGGUCCAAAUCGAAGCAGUUCUCAACUCUCGUCCGCUUACGCCACUCGCAGCAGAUCCUAGCGACCUGCUGCCGUUGACGCCGGGACAUUUCCUCAUCGGCCGCCCUCUCACUGCGCUGCCGGCUGACUGCUACGAGCACCAUGCCACUGGAAGACUGAGCCGAUAUCAACACCUGGAGCACCUCCGCCAACACUUCUGGCGCAGAUGGAGCAAGGAGUAUAUCUCAGAACUUCAGUUGAGGACGAAAUGGCGCUCUAAUCUCAACCCAUUGCAGGAAGGUGUUCUGGUCAUCCUGAAGGAAGACAGCCUGCCGCCGCUCAAAUGGCGGCUGGGUCGAGUCGUGGCAGUCCAUCCCGGAGCGGACGGAGUAUCCCGCGUGGCCGAUGUGCGGACUGCGACAGGUGUCGUGCGCCGCGCAUUCAGCAAGAUCUGCCCGCUGCCUCAUGACGACAACUAGUUCUGUUGAAGGACGAGCCUUCAACGCCCGGGGGCAUGUUGGCGCCAAUUCGCCGAUGCGCUGAGCGCCUGGAAUUUUACUCGAGCAAUGUUUUUUGAUCAAGUAGGGAAGUACCCUACACAACCUAAGAUUUUUAAUUAUGCUUCCCAAUUUGAAUGUUACCUCUUUAACCUGACUGUACUCGUUGAACG